UAAAACAAGAGAGCGACCACCAAGCUCGUAAACGUAAGUUCGACACUGAGAGAGAAAAAAGGGAAGAAGAGAGAAAGAAAAGAGAAGAAGAGCGGAUGAGACGUAACGAAGAGAGGUUUGUUCCACCACCGGAGGAGCCAGAGGAAGAGUUCGACGACACGCUGGUUGUUAUCGAUAAAUAUCAUUGUGACCUCAAUAUAAAGCUCCACAAAGGACGAUUGACAGCCGUACCGUUAACAUUGGAAGGUUUCGCUUACUUGUGGGCGGGUGUUCGUGCAACUUACGGGGUGACUACUGGGAAAAUAUGUUAUGAAUGCAAGCUGGCAGAAGAACAUUCAGUUCGCCAUCUUCCAUCCUCGGAGGCCCAUCCGCAUCUUGUGAGGGUGGGGUGGUCGGUACCAAACACCCCUAUGAACGUGGGCGAAUCAAGGUUCUCAUAUGGGUUGUGUGGCACCGGGCGUGUCGUUACAAAUCAAACAUCGAAGGAAUUCGGGGAGAAGUUUAAAGGAGGAGAUGUUAUUGGUUGUUACUUGGACUUAUCCACGGACAUGAUGAACAUCCACUACACGAAGAACGGGGUGUUGCUCGGUGAAGCGUUCACUGAGGAGAAAUCAAGGUUGGGCGAGAAUCCGUUGUUCCCGCAUGUAUCGUGCAAGAAUACGACUAUUGAGUUCAACUUUGGCGAGAAGGAGGAACCAUACUUCCCCCACCCUCAAGAAUUGGAAGAUUACGUUUUCAUAUCAAAGGUUGGGUUGGAGGAUCGGGUUAGGGGAACCACCGGCCCCACAAAGAGGAAGGAUUGUGAGGUGUUAAUGUUGUGCGGGUUACCAGGCUCGGGUAAAACAUUUUACGCCAACCAACAACUUGUUGAUAAACCAGAGAUGGGGUUCAAUAUACUCGGGACGAAGUCGGUCGUUGAUCGGAUGAAGGUGACAGGAAUCGAACAGAAAUACACGACGGACAUCUUGAUGAGCCACGCUUCUAAUUGUUUGAAUCGGAUGUUUCAAAUGGCUGCACGCAAGAAUAGGAACUAUAUACUUGACCAGACAAAUGUAUUUGCGUCGGCUCAACGACGUAAGUUACGUUCAUUCGAGGGUUUUCAUCGAAGAGCUAUUGUAAUUGUUCCAAGUGAGGAAGAAUUUAAAAGCAGAUUGGAUAAACGCACUAAGGAUGAGGGCAAAGAGAUACCCGAUAUUGCAAUAUUUGAGAUGAAAGCAAACUUCAGCCUACCAGAGGAGGGGCCGGAUGGUUUUGAGGAAGUAGUUUUCCCCGAGCUUGGGAAAGAUGAAGCGGUAAAAUUGAUCGAUAAAUAUCGUGAAGAUGCAAGGAAGAAGGGACCUCCUCCUGAAAAGAGGUUCCGUGGAAAAGGAGGGUUCGAUGGUCGAGGUCGUGGGGGUUGGGGGGAACCCCGGGGUAUGAUGCGAGCCCCGUUCCGUGGGGGUAUGAACCGAGGGUUCGGGGGUGGUGGAUUUAACCGGGGCUUUGGUGGGGGCGGGGGUCGAGGGGGCUUCAACAGGAAUUCCGGGGGUUUUAACGACCGGCGAAAUUUUGGUGGCAACACUGGUUGGAAUAAUGGAGGUGGAAACUGGCAUGGGAACCGUGGGCGUCGGGACCAUGGGGGUAACAGAGGGGGAUACGGAGGGAAUCGUAACCAAGGGUUCAGGAACAACAUGGGUGGGGGAAAUCGUGGCGGAAACAAUCGAUCUUUUCAAAACAACAACAACAGAAACUCUGGAUUCAACAGAAACAAUCAACGUCAACAACAGAACCCACAACAACAAAACCCACAACAGAAUCAACAACAGAAUCAACAACAACAACAACAACAGCAGAGACAGCAGGCCAACCACCCGUACAACUAUCAACAACAAGCCUACCAGCAACAAACCGCUCAAAUCGCUGCUCAGAAUGUAAAUAACCCGCAACAACAGCAGCAACAACAACAACAACAGAACCCGCAGCAGCAACAGCAGAAUUACCAACAAUCAUAUAACGCACAAGGCCAGCAGGAUUACAGUCAACAAUGGGCGCAAUAUUAUCAACAACAAGCAGCAGCUCAACAACAAGCAGCGGUUCAGCAAUACCAGAACUACUACGCGAGCUACCAGCAAGCUUANCGGGGGGAAACAACAACAACAACAAUAAAGAACUAACUGUUGGUUUAAACUUUCCCGAUUAUUCGGAAUAAUUAGUUUUUUAAUAUUUUACAGAGAAUUGUGUAAGACUGCCGCCAAUCAAUUUUGUAAAUAAAUUCCCAAGUUUGA